CACUGCUUAGAGCAUGCGCACUGCACUCCUAGGUCAACCGUGGGACUGCUUUCCACGCGUGUAGAUUUACACUUUGGGAAAGUCCGUUUAGUGGACCAAUUGUGAACAUAUAAGCUGUAUUUUUGACCACUAUGGGAGGACAGGCAAAGGGAAAAAAGAAAAGCAAACCGAAAAGGAAGGAGAAUCGCCCAAAAGCAGAUGCAGGGUUUGUUGGGUUGUCACCUCAAGAAAGAAUGAAACUAAGAGUACGUGAAAAAGCCAAGAAGAAGACAGCCGAGAAGUACUCUGUGCAACAGCUACUAGAGAAGACAGAGGAAUGCAUGGACAGUUUUGACUUUGAGAUGGCUGGCCUUUUCUGUCAACGAGCCCUGGAUUUGGACCCCACUAACCUGUUAGCCCUAGACAUGCAGGGACACAUCUGCUUUGAACUAGGAGACACACAGAAAGCUAAAGGAGCUUUUCUGUGUGCAGUGGAGCUAAGCCCAGAUGUAGGCCACAGUAAGUACAUGUACCUGGGACAAAUCCAUACAGGCCAGGAGGCUGUGGACUACUACACUAAAGGAAUACAAGUCCUUCUGUCGGCAUUGGACAAACAAGCACAGACCACACAGGCUCAGGCUGGAGCUGCUGGCCCACCAGAUGAGGACACCGAGCUCCCCACAGCGAAGGAUGUUUGUGUAGCCUACUGCUCCAUGGCCGAGAUUUACCUAACAGACCUCUGUAUGGAAGAGGGAGCUGCAGACAAGUGCAAAGACUUCAUUGAGAGAGCAUUACAGUAUUGCCAUGACAACCCUGAGGCUUUACAGCUCAUGGCAAGUUACCUAUUCAGUACAGAGAGAAACCAGGAAGGCAAAGAAUACCUGUUGAAGAGUGUGGCAUUGUGGUUACCUGCCGAGAAACAGAGUGCAGGAUCUUCCAGCACAGAAGAAGACAUGCAGAAUGAGAUCCCACCGUACGAGUCUCGCGUCACCACCGCCAAACUGCUCAUUGAGUCCGAGGAAUAUGAGAUGGCGGUAGAUGUGCUGGAGGGUCUUCUGGAGGAGGAUGAUGAGGUCGUCCAGGUUUGGUAUCUCUCUGGCUGGGUGUGCUACCUCCAGUUUGAAAAAGCAAAAGAGCAGCAAGAAAGAGAGGGAAGACAAGUGAUGGAGGAGUACACGGAAGAGUGGAAGGCAUUGAAGGAGGCGGGCAGAUCAUACCUGACCAAUGCUAAGAAGCUGUACAGUAAGCUGCGAUGUGAUGACCAGCCAAUGUUGGAGCAUGUGGACCAGCUGCUAGGUGACCUGGGUGGGGAGCUGGAAGGAGAGGAGGGAGAUCCAGUCUUGGAUGAAGACUAUGAACCCUGUAGUGAUGAGGAUGAGGAGGGUGAUGCAGAGGCACCCAUGGAACACUGACCUCAGCCCCCCCUUGAUUUUACUCUGUGAUUUCCCUCUAUUUAAAAUGUUCAAGCGCACUCUCUGAAGUGCCUUUUGUUUCCGGCUAUCCUUUCACACCAUUUUAUAAAAGAUGAAAUUUG